AUGCGUGCUAAUGAUUCUAGAACUAAAGAUGCUUUAGAGCAGAAAAAGCAAAAAGUAGGAAAGCGAACCCCAGCAUUUAACGUUAUAAUAAUACCAGUGUCAGACUCCCAAUCUCUAUUUGCAAAUCUCAAAAAGUUACAAUCACCAAAACAUGCAACAAGAGAUCAAUACUCAAAACUUGACAUUGAAAGUUACGAAGAACCUACUGAUAUACCAGAUGUCGAUAAUCUCGAUUUACAAGAAGAAAGACAGACUAAUAUCAAUAGAGAAUUAGAUAAUGUUAACAUAAAUGACGAAAGGAGUUUUAGACAAGAAAGAAGAGAAGAUUUUUAUGGUAGAGCGGACAAUUUUGGAGAAGAUAAGAUUGUAGGAGGUACUGAAGUUGAUAUAAAUUUGUAUCCGUAUCACGUGGCGUAUGGAACCAACUGUGGUGGUGCUAUCAUUGACAAGAAAUGGAUAAUAACAGCGGGACAUUGUGGCAAGAAACCGUACAUAAGGGUGGGUUCCAAGUACCUUAACCAGGGUCGGAAGAUCAUGGUCAAAUCCAACCACAUCCACCCAAUGUGGGGGGCUUCCAACAAGGACCAUCCUUUCGACUACGACUUCCAACUCUUGGAGUUGAACGAGAAUCUGAAAUUUGACUCGAACGUUCAGCCAGUGAAGAUUGCUCACAUUGAAGACAUGACAAUAGGGAAGGUAGUGACAGUCACUGGGUGGGGGAAUACCGAAGAAAAUGGUCCAUAUUCCAAUGUGUUGAGAGCAGUAAGGGUACCAAUAAUAUCCAAGGAAAACUGCCAAAGGGUGCCGUACCCUUAUUUCAGAGGAGCCUUAACUUCUAGAAUGUUCUGCGCUGGAUUCUCAGAAGGGAAAAAGGACGCUUGCCAGGGUGACUCCGGAGGUCCUGCAGUAGCCUAUGACAGAAUCCUGGGCAUGGUGUCCUUCGGGUACGGAUGUGCCACACCUGGUUCCUAUGGAGUGUACUCCAAGAUCGCCAAAGUGAGGCCCUGGAUCGAAGAAGUGACGAAAUUAAAACUCGAUUAG